GAAGACGAGGAUGUUAAAGAUGGAGACGCUAGCCGUGGCCUGAAGCUGUUAUACUAACCACCGGGUGAAAGUCAGCGAGCUAGCUGCUAAUCUGUCUAAUAUAUUAAUACUUUUUAACAUUAGUUAGUUAAGGUUUUAUUCCUACACACCACGCGCUCCUGUUUUAACACUGCGUGGGAGCGAUGGAUAAGACGCUGAACAGCAGCGCGCAGGUGGUCCAGGUGUGUUUCCCCAACGUGCGAGCGCAGGUGCUGGACAACCUGAACCGCCAGCGAGAGGAGGGCCGGUUGUGUGACCUGUCCAUCCAGGUGCAGGGGCAAGUGUUCAGGGCACACCGCUGUGUCCUGGCCGCGUCCUCGCCCUACUUUCACGACCAGGUGCUUCUGAAGAACGUGAGUACGGUGUCUCUGCCAUCCGUCAUGGACCCUUUAGCUUUCGAGAGCGUCCUCAACUCGGCCUACACAGGGCAGCUGAGCAUUGUACGUGACGACAUUGUCAACUACGUCACAGUGGCCAGCUUUCUGCAGAUGUGGCACAUCGUGGACAAGUGCACGGAUAUCCUGAAGAGGUCGCGACCUUUGACCCAGGCCAGCCCAGGCGUAGAGUCUGGCAACUCCAGGCACCAAAGUCCAAGUAGCUCGGACUGCUGCCUGACUGAAUCCGAGGAGCAGAAGAAGCCCCUCGGAGGAGAAUGUGCCGCUCUUCCGCCUCUAGCCACCUGGAGGAGGCCGCAGCAGGUGCCCCAGCAGGGCAAAUGGGGCAAAUCCAGGCUGUUUCAGCCACCUCAGCACAGAGGCGAUUCUCCCCCUACUGGGGAAGUAGAGCGGGCAUGUAGCCCAGAGGCUGCGAAUGAGAGACGCAACUGGAUGCGUUCUCGUCUCAGGGAGAGCAGGGAGACAGACGAGGAGGACAGGAGGCGAGGGGAGAGGUGGAUGGAGGCGGAUGAAGGUGUAGGGGAAGAAUCAGAGUUGGAGGAGGAGGAGCGACGGGCCGGAGGCUGUGGCUCAGGGGCAACUCUUAAAAAGGAGGGAGAGAGAGGGGGAGAGGGAGAGGGUACUGAGAGGGGCAAAGAUCAGGAGGAAGGGUUUCUGCCAGCAGCUCAGGAUGCACAGGAAGUGCUCGUUGCUGCUCAUGGUCCUCUUUCUGCACGUGCUCACUGGCAGCCGCCUGCCGACUGGUCGGCGGGUUCGUGCUCUCAGCCAGGUGGGAAGUUAAUCGAGGAUGCCGAGAAGGACGUAGAAGAAGUGGACUUUGGACGUUUCGCAGAGGGAGGGUUCGAGGGAGAGACGUACGACGAGAUCGAGGAUGGCACAGGACAAGUUUCCCAGAGGCCUUUGCUUCCUGUGUCGCCUGGCAGCGCUGCAGGUGGAGUGGACUUUGUGCUAGGACCUUCAGAGCUUUCGUGGGCGCAAGGAGCGCUCUCCUCCCCGUCCGUCCCUCCUUCCUCCUCUCCCGUGCCCUCCUCCUCGUCUCCGCCCUCCCUAGCUCCCUACGGAGGCAAAGUGCAUUUCUGCCACUGCGGUAAAGCCUUCACUCUGAAGAGCAUGCGAGACCGUCACGUCAAGAUGCAGCACCUGAACCUGCGCCCCUUCGCCUGCCCCGUCUGCGCCAAGAGCUUCAAGAUGAAGCACCACCUGACCAAGCACGUCAAGACGCAUGGCGCCCUGCGGCCGUACGAGUGCACCGUCUGUGGCAAGAAGAUCAUCUGGAGGGACAGUUUCCUCAAACACCAGGCGCGCUGCCAGCACCUCGCUAACAGAUCGGGCUGCAUCAACACCAACGAGGCAGAGUCGGGGCAGGACGAGGCGGACAUGGAGUACGAGGGUUACCCAGGCGAGGGACACGUAAAAAUGGAGCAGGGGGAGCACGAAGGCGCUCCACUGGAGCAUGUCCUGAAGAAGGAAGACGGAGGGAGCUUCACCUGAUCGCACAAGCAGAUCAUAUCAAUAAAGUGUUUCAUCUUCAUGACAAGACAACUUCAGCUGCUCUUCUUUAGAAUCUUCAUCAUUGAUUGAUUGAUUAAUUGAUUGUCCUGACUGGCCCGGAGAGGAUGGAGUUCCUUAAGGAGCACAUGAUGAAGUAGAUUCAUUGGUACUGCAUGGUGAUUCCUCACACAUGAUCCUGUAUCAGCGUUAGGAUUUAAUGCUGGUUCAGCAAUGUAGCUCACAGCACUUAGUGGGAAAAAAAAAGACUGUGGGCUUCGGUUUCACAAUCUGGAAUUAUAUAAAUAUAUAAAUAUAAAUGUUUCCUUUAUCAAUCUGUGCAUUAAGGUUUUGGUACUAGAUCAUUUGUUUUGCUUUUAUAAAUGGAGAUAUAAUUUUUUUUGUGCAAUCUAGGCUUUUUAGUUCACUCCGUGUCCGACAUGCAUUACAGGGUUCUUAAGCCAGUUUAAAAAAACUAAAUAUAAUACAAAAAAUAAUCUGUAUAAUUUGGAUGGAAUUAUUGCCAAACAUGGAAACGAUGUUGAUAAAAAAAAAAAUGUCCAUUGUAUUUCGAUGUUUCCUGAUUUGCUGCGGUUUUAACUUUUUUUAAAAUUAAUUAGGCAUUCAAUGAUUUGUCAAACCUAACACGUUGUAACUUUAUAAAAGUUAUAAACAAAAAUAAUAACAAAACUGAUAAGCCAAGACCUCAAAACUCAGGAGUCAUGAUCCCACCUGGACAUCUCUUGACCCAACAUCUUUCUCAGCUUCUUGGGCGUCAGUGAUUUCAGUAGCUUAAAAAAAAAGUUAUACAUAACACAUAACUGGUAAGGACGUGUAGGUUUGCUUAUGUUUGUGCUUCGCUUGUUAAGAGGGUUAAGUUUUAAUACAGCCAAUUGAUAAAUGCAACGUAUGGAUUAUACAGCUUAAAAAUGGCUCAAGACGGCUUCUUGAGCAAAAGGUGGCCGUGUUGGGAUGUGACUCAGAUGAGGAACAACGUUUUGCGUGUCUUUAUUAUAUAACUGUAUAACCCACAAUGCAACUUUAAGCAAAUUCUUUUUACCUUACUUAUUUUUUAACCUUUUGCAUUUUAUAUCAUGUUAGUAGCAGCACCUUUUUUUUCAUCAAGAUGCACAAUGUGAAGGCAACUGAGUCUGUGCAUCAUUACAUUCAAGUCGUUUGUCAGACUCCCUGAGCUCGGACGACUUACAUUUUUAUCUGAUUAUACAUCUGAGCAGUUGAGGGUUAUGCGCCUUGGGGCCAACCGUGGCAACUUGGCGGUGCUGGUGUUUGAACCUUGGACCUUCUGAUCAGUAGUCCAACACCUUCACCCUCUGCUUUUACAGACUUCUUUUAACAUCGGCACCUGAGGUUCACGGCUCCAUCUGUGUGCUUCAUUUUGUGUGUAUAUUUGAUCUAAAGACGUCUAUCUGAACCUCAGCACAUGGACUCCCACUCAGCUCUCAUCCUGGACGUCCAGCGUCUGUACGAUACAACAUGUAAAUAAAGAAUGACACCAGAGCCAUCACAGGUCAGGUCAACGGUUUUGUUUUUUUUUCCUUUCUUUUUUCAAUUUCGUCUUAUUCCAGAUAUAUUUCUGGAGUUGUUCUUCACAUGUAAGACAUAAUCACCAUUUUUGAGAUCGCACUGGAGUAUUGUGCUCUGAGAACAGGAAGAACCCUGGACAAAAGACGUUAUUUAUUAAUCAUCAUCUGUUAUUAAGCAUACCGAAUUUGCCUGUACACACAUGACUGCUUGAUUGCACACUGAAUAAACAUCAAUGUUUUCA